AUGGCCACCAAGCGCCUGGCCAGGCGGCUGGGCCUGGCGCGGAGCAGCGGGCGGGCGCGGAGCGGCGGGCGGGCGGCGGCGGCCGGGCAGCGGUUCGGGUACCUCAUCGUCCUCGACUUCGAGGCGACCUGCUGGCGGGAGGCGGGGCCGCGCCGCCCCGAGAUCGGUGAGUGCUGCGGGCGGGGGGGCACCGGGCAGCAGCGGCCCGGCCGGGCGUUGCCGGGAGCAGGGGGCGGCCGGGGCCUGGCGCUUACGGGCGGCAGCUUUAGACGUUGUGUCUUCAUCAUCACAGAAUGGCUCGGGUUGGGUUCGGCUUUAACAUUUCCGGCUUCAUGCUUUGGGGUUGGUUUGUUUGUUUGUUUUUCUCCUUUUGUUUUUGUCACAGUUGAAUUUCCAGCAGUCCUGUUAAACACUUCAACAGGAGAGAUUGAAUGUGAAUUCCACACAUAUGUCCAGCCCCAAGAGCAUCCUAUUCUCUCUCAAUUUUGUACAGAACUAACUGGCAUAACACAGAAUCAGGUUGAUGAAGGGGUCCCUCUAAAUAUUUGUUUAUCACAGUUUUUGAAAUGGAUUCAAAAGAUACAAAAGGAGAAGAAAAUUAUAUUCGGUUCAGAUAUUCCAAGUCAUUCUACUUCAGAGGCAAAACCAUGCACCUUUGUGACUUGGACAGACUGGGACCUGGGUGUGUGUUUGCACUAUGAGUGUAAAAGGAAGCAGCUGCGAAAACCUGACAUUUUAAAUUCCUGGAUUGAUCUCAAAGCAACAUACAGGGCCUUCUACAAUAGGAAGCCUAAAGGGCUAAGUGGUGCUUUGCAGGAUUUGGGGAUAGCUUUUGCAGGACGGGAACAUUCUGGGUUGGAUGAUUCUCGGAAUACUGCCCAUCUUGCUUGGAGGCUGAUUUGUGAUGGAUGUGUGCUGAAGAUUACUAAAUCUUUGGAUGAGGCACAGCAGAAGAAUAAUUCAAUUUACAGAACACCGACUAUAAACUUCACCGACAGGACUCCACUGGGAAGUAACAGCAGACCUGAAACAUCUAGAGAUGGAACUUGCAAAACAAACUCUCUGGCUGAGAAAAACCGCAACAGCAUUGCUGGAAUUAAGAUAAAUUCCAACGUAGAAACUGAAGAACAACAGACCACUUGCACUGAUUCCUCUGCAGAUGUCCACAUUGUACCCAGCAGCAGCUCAAGGACUGAGAUACAUGCUCAAGCCCAAAGCUCUUUAACAGCAUCCACUGACAGAUUUCCUGUUCCUCUUGAGCAGGCGCAGCGAUCUCGCAGUGCUGUGUCAACAGGCGUUCAGCAAGGACUGAGCAGUGGGCAACCCCCGCGUACAGCCAGACACAGUCCUCCAGCACCAGGGUCGGGACUAGUGCUCGUCUCCACUACCAUCUCCUCAGUUAAUAUCUCCAACGAGGAUAUCAGUACUAGUUCUGAUUGCUUAUCUCUGCUGACUGACUGGGAAGAUGUCGCUUUAAUACCUGAAUCUCAAUAUGAACAAAAUUCAGACUCUGCUCAAGUAAAAGAUGAGUCAAGUACAGAUAUUUUAACAGGGUUUGAAGAGAAAACAAUUUCAAAACAAUUGGCUGUGGUGAGUUCAGAUAAUCAAAGUUUGGAGAAAACUGUAGCACCUGUGGAACCCCUGAAAUCUAUUGUUUACAGAAGUCCUGAUACUACUAUCUAUAAUGUAGAAACAGUACAAAGGCAGACUUCAAAUUUUUCAGCUUUUAAGUUACCAUCUGCAAAGGUAAAUGCUAUUUCAGCACGAUCAGCAUUAACUGGAAAUUAUUCUACUCCUUCAGAGGUUCCUAAAAGAAAGCCAACUAGUCCAAAAAUGUUCCCACCAGCAAAAAAAUCAUCUUUUGCUAUAUAUCAUGAGAAAACCGCAUCUUUUGAUCAUUCCUUACCUUUAAGAAGUUCCAAUUUGCCCAAAGUGUCUCCCGCCAUUUUGAACUCCACAGCCAAUUUGAAUCAGUCUGUAAGAGCUUUGAAAAAUGGAAAACCAACUCCCCCUCUGUGUAACUGCGGUCGAAGGGCUAAAAAACUGUAUGUGUCAAAUCCUGGUCCAAAUCAUGGCAAAGCAUUUUUUUGUUGUCCUGUUGGGAAGCAUGAAGGUAAUAAGGUAGGUUGUGGAUACUUCAAGUGGGAAUAUGCGCUUCUAAAACAGAAAUCUAAUGGUCUUACCCCGAAUGCAGAUGCUUUGACCUCUCUUGGAACUUACACUAGUCAUGUAGGAAAUUCUUCCAACAAAAAAUAUUUCUGUCUUAGACCCUCUAUGAGAACUUGAAAAUUGAUUUGGUUUUUUGUCCGAAUCUUAAACUCAGUAAGUUGAUCAUGCUUAAUAUAAUCAGGACGGUCAAAUAAUGUCAGAUACGUGUUCUGAGAGUGGGACAAAAAUGACACUGCUUGGUUCACAUAGAUAGAAAUGGAAAUCACUCAAGCAUACAAAAAUAUAUCAUAAAGUAUCUCCUUAAUGAAGUGUGAGAGAAUAGAUAAAACUAUUAAGUGCUAAAA